AUGCCGAUGCUUCGAGUGCAGCUGCGCCGCGUCGCCAACGUCCCGAGCCUCUGCGUCGACGAGCGCGGCCCGCGCUUCUGUGGCGGCCAGCGGGACCCGUACGUCGUGCUGGAGCUCGACGACCAGGAGCAAACCAGCGCCGUUGUGCCCCGGACGCUCAACCCCGAGUGGCACGCUAGCUUUGACUUUUGCCUGCGCGCCGAAGUCAAGCCCGUCGCGCGCCUCCGCGUCGCCGUGUACGACUGCCUUCACGCCGACAAGUUGCUAGUCUCGACCUCGAUCGCGCUUGCCAGCGUCGAGGACGAGGUCAACGUGCCGUAUCGGCUCGCGUCGCACCUCAAGAUGCCACACGCCAAAGCCGUCGUGUGGCUCGAUCUCACUUGGCGCCCUGCCCCGACCAUCGUACUCGAGCUCUGGGAGAAGCAACGAUUGAGCCAGCACGGGCAGUGGACCACCCAGUGCUUAGAGACCGCUGACGGCUACCCGUUCGAGUCCAUGGACGGCUACGUGUCGGCUCCGAUCGCGGCGAAUGCGCUGAGUCUCUCGUGGUCGUUUGGCUUCAACAAGGACAUUGUCGGCGGCGUGCACAGCCUCUCGGACGAUGCAGUGCACGCUAUCUUCUACACGUCCGGCCACAUGGGCGUCAUCUACAACUACGCGCACCGCACGCAGCGCAUUCUGCAGGGCCAUUGCAACCCGAUCUCGUGCUGCGUCGUGAGCGAAGACAAGCGCUGGAUCGUCACCGCAGACCGCGGCCCCGACUCGAUGCUCGUCGUCUGGGACGCGACCACGGGCAACCCGAUCAAGACGCUCUUCUCGCCCCAUGUCAAUGGUCUCUGGGAGUGGACCGUCGCCCGCGACGACGCACUCUACACGGCAGCCGUUGCGACCGAAGACGUCCAGACGUGCGUGCGCUUCAACACGUACGACAUCCGCGAGAUCGUGACCAACGGCGCGCAGCGCGUCAUCUUUUGGAACUGGGUGCACCACCAGCUCCAGUUCUACUCGCCCCCGCUGUCGCAAAAGGACUUUAAGCAAGCGAUUGGCGCGUUCACGCAGUCGAUCUUCGUCCCGGACUCGUCCCAAGCCAUCACAGCGACCGAAGACGGCGAUCUCAUUCUGUGGGACUCGUCGCUCGUCAAGUCCGGUGACGUCCUCGUGCACGCCGACAAGAAGGCUGUCAAGAUCGUGCGCAUGACGGGGCUCGAUGCGCACAAGCCCGUCGCGAUCCGGUACCUCACCGACAUGGACGGGUACCUUGUGGUGGGCGCCGCCGACGGCGCGGUUCGCUUCUACGACUUUGACUUUCGCCUCGUCGCGUGGUUUGAAGACCUCUGUGCCGGGCCCGUCAACUCCGUCUCGUUUGCCAACACGGAGACGGCCACGGAGUCGGUGCCAACCGAUGCGUUCCGCGUGCCCGAAUUCAUUGUCGCCACUUCGAAUGCGUUCAUCCUGGGCAUCACGCCGUCGAUCCACGAAGAGUUUGACGUCGAGAAGCGCCGAGGCACGCUGCUCAUGCAGGGCAUUGCCGCCGAGAUCCGCGGCCUCGCGACGCAUCCGAGUGCGACCGAAGUCGCGAUCAGCUGCGCGUCCGGCGUCUUGCAGCUCUGGGACUACGUCUCGAAGCGGCUGCUCAUGGUGCGCCACUUUGACGAAGACAAGUUUCGGCCGCAGACGCUCGCGUACGACCCGCUCGGCCGGUACAUGCUCGUGGGGUUUGCCAACGGCGCGAUCAAGCUCCUGCAUGUGAGCACACUCGCCGACUUGCACAUGCUGCGGCACUCCAAGAGUGCGAUCCUCGACAUCAAAGUGGCGCCCGACAGCUCGUUCAUUGCAGCGAUUGACGCGGACAACUAUGUGCUCCUUUGGCGCAACAAGGGUAUGGAAGCCGAAGAGAUUAGCCCCACGAUGGACCCGACGGACCAGUGGGUGUACAUUGGUCGCUGUCGGUCGCACGCCAAGCCCAUCACGGGCCUCGAGUUUGGCCUCUCGGACCAACAAGCGCUGCUCGUCACGGUCGGCGAGGACCGCAUGCUCGUCGAGUACAGUCUCUCGCGCUCGAGCGUCCUCGACGGCAUCGUGCUCACGGCGCCGCCUCAAAAGAUUGAGCAGUCGGCCGUCCCCACGGCGUGCUUUUGGCACCCGGACAUGCCGGGCGUGCACGAAGAUCUGAUUGUGAUUGCGAACGACGAGUACAAGUUCAAGGGCUGGAACGCCAACAACAAGACGUGUCGUCGGACGACGCUCAACCCGACGUACGGCGGCCCGCUCAACCGGAUCCUGCCGAUUCCGGUUGCAAAGACCAAGAGUGAGCGCUACUGCGCCUACAGCACCCACGACAAGGUCGUCGGCGUGAUCAAGCUGCCGCUCGAUGGCAAUCCGCACAAGUCGAUGGGACUCAUUGCACACGCCGGGCACAUCUCGAACGUCGCCAUGACGUGCGACGGCCGGUACUUGAUCACGGCUGGCGGCAAAGAUUUGAUCCUCAACAUGUGGGAAGUGACGCCGUCGGCGCUCGAUGCCAUGGAGGCUGCCGGUGGCGUCGGCGUCGAGCCGUUCGGGUCGCUCAUCGAAGGCGGCUUGCACGGCGCGUUUUACAAUGAAAUUGUCGACUACUUUUACUUUGCGCAGCUGCGCACGCAGGGCGAAGCGUCGACCGCUGCGCGCAACAUCACGCAAGAGAUUCCGCUGGCCGAGAUCCCGCACGUCAUGCGCGCGCUCGGGUACUACCCGACGGAGCUCGAGAUUCAAAACAUGUGCAGCGAAGUCAAGUACUCGCGCUUCACCGAGACGACCAAGACCGUCGACGCGAUCGGACUCGUCGACUUUGUCAAGCUCUACGUCAACCACCGCCCUGUCUUUGGCAUCGGCAAGGCGCACAUUGAGGCAGCGUUUGCGACCAUUGGCCAGAAGCGAAGCCCGAGCCUCAAGUGGCCCGACCUCAAGCACAAGCUGCUGACGCUCGGCGAAAAAAUGACCGAAGACGAGCUUAACGCGUGCUUGAGCGCCCUCGUCGGCGACGACGUCGAGCACUGGGACGCGAUGACGACGUUCACGUCAUCGACCUUUGCCGACUCGGUCCUUGGCUUUGAAGACUACGAUGCGUUUGCGACGGCGUCCGAAAUCAUGUAG